UUUCUAGGCAAUCCUGCAGUAUUCGAACGCGCACUCUAAUCGUGUUUGGACGCGAUCGUUUGUUAAGACUUUUUUGUUUCUCAUUUGAAUAUUUUUUUGAUUUAAUACAUGAAGAUAUUUUAGCUGGAAAUUAUAUAGAGAUGGCAGAAACAGAAUAUAAAACCUCUUGGAAUGGAUCUAGGGGUGGAAAAAAUAGAGGAGGUAAAAACAGAAAUAGAGGAAGAUACUUUGGACAAGGAAAUACAAUGGGUGGUAAUGGUUAUGGACCCAGAUCACAGAAUAUGGAAGCAGGGGGAAGUAGUGAUGGAAAUUUUGAUUUUAACCAAGGAUUUUAUGACCGAUCAUCUCAGUUUGGUGAUAUGAUGUAUUCUGGAAAUAUGAAUCAGAUGCCAAGAAAUCAGUGGGAAGUAUCAUAUCCUAUAAACACCAGAUAUAUGGGAUAUCGACCAGAUAAUACAGAUUAUUCCUAUUUUGGUCCUUAUAAUAAUCCAUCCAAUGAUUAUGGCAAUUAUAGAGGAAUGAAUGCAACAAAUUUUGAUUAUUCCAACAAUUUCUCUGAUGGAUAUGAUAUGUCACAAGAUUAUGGCUAUAAUGCUGAUUUUGGAUUUAAUAAUUAUAAUGAUACUUUCCAUAUGCCAUCCAGACCAGGUGGUGGUCCUUUUCAUUCCAGAAGAGGGAAUUUUCCUCAUCGUGGACGGGGCAGAGGCCGUUUUUCAAGAACACCUAAACAGUUUCAUGCAAACAGACAAGGAAAGAAAAAGAAGAAGAAAUCUCAAGAUUCUGCAGCACCAAAACAUGUGUUUGCUAAAAAGCCAUGGUUUGAUGAUGCAAUUUUGAAAUUAUUAAAAGAAAAAAUUAGAGCACAUAAACGAAUGAAAAGAUCGCCAUCAAAGUCAAAUAUUGAAGCUUUUAAAGAAUUAAGGAAAGAAGUUAGAAGAAUAUCAAGGCAGAGUUAUAAUGAUUAUUGUUUAAAAUCUGGCCUACCAAAUAAAUAUCUUGAAGCCGCAAAAGCUAAAAGACAAAAAGCUGAAGAAGCUGCUUCUAAACCUGAAGAUGAUAGUAUUCCUGUCAUCAGUGAACAAGGAGAAGAAAAUGGACACAGCAGUAAUAACAAUAUUGACCAAAAUGAAAAUUCUACUAAUGAAAGGUCAGAACAAGAGACUCAGUUAGCUGAGGUGGUAAAUGAUGAGGGAGAUGAUGCUAAUAGGUCAGAACAAGAAAAUACAGUCAUAGUCAAAGAUAAUACUGUUCAAGAGGGUGAUCAGGAAGAUAAUAACAGGUUGGAAACAGAACUUACAAAUGGAAGUGAAGAAGUAAAUCAAAAUAUGAAUAACAGUUUACAUGAAGAGAAGACUGUUGAAGAAGAAAGUACAGAAGAAUUUGUGAAUAUUAGACCAGAUGAUAAUUCUGUAUGUGAAAAUGAAAACAUUGAAGAAUUGAAAGAACAGAUAAUAACCAGGCAAACAAUGGAAACAGAUUCUGCUGAUGUAAAAAUGGAAAACAAUUUAAAUGCCAGUCCAGAAGAUAAUUUUGUUGAAGAAAGAACAAGUAACGAAACAUCGCUUGUGUCUUAGCUAAAAAUGCAGUGAUUUGAAGAAUUUUGAGAUAUUUGGACUAAAAGACUCUGUAUAUCACUAUUGCUAAACAUCAACUUCUACUGCAAGUAAGAAACAUCAAUUAUCAUCAUCGUAUAUCCACAAUGUUUCUUUACGUUGCACCUGCCUUUUUUGUAAAUAUAGGAAUUAGACUUGGUGUGAUUCAUUGAUUCCACUUUAAAAAAUUACUAUUAGACCAAUGUCUUGUUAAGACUAGUAACAAUGUACGAAAAAUGUAAAAUAUUUUACAGUAUUAUUCCAAAAUUCAUAGUAAAAAAAAAAAAGAAAAAUCAUUAACUUUCACUGCAUAUUGACCUAAAAAUUAAGUCCAACAUGUGUUUUUAAUAAAAGUCAAUGAAAAU